CCCUCUUUUUUUUCAUGGCACACACCACAGCGAAGUCUGUGCGGAAUCCUAAACCAGCCCAAUUUACAUCCAUUCAUGAAUCUGUGACGUCAGCAAGCCUUUGGGCUCCUUUGCGGUGGGCUGGAGGAUUGUGUGGGUGGAAUCCCCCUCCCCUUUAUUUUUCCAAUUCUGCAAGGCUUUUAAAAUUAACCUUACAUCUUUUCAAAGCAAGAAAAUGGAACAGCAUGUGUAGGAAUUCUUCGUUGUUGUUUUGGAGCCCUCUCUUAAGUCAGAACUCUGUCCCAACAAUCCUCUGAGUGUCAUCUCAGGACCUUGGUUAUACUCAUGGCACAAUGGCCAACUUUCAGGAGCACCUGAGCUGCUCCUCUUCUCCACACUUACCCUUCAGUGAAAGCAAAACCUUCAAUGGACUACAAGAUGAGCUCGCAGCUAUGGGGAACCACCCUUCUCCCAAGCUCCUCGAGGACCAGCAGGAAAAGGGGAUGGUACGAACAGAGCUAAUUGAGAGUGUGAACAGCCCCAUCACCACAACAGUUUUGACAAGCGUAAGUGAGGAUUCCAGGGACCAGUUUGAGAACAGCGUUCUUCAGCUAAGGGAACACGAUGAAUCAGAGAUGGCGGUGUCUCAGGGGAACAGCAACACGGUGGACGGAGAGAGCACGAGCGGAACUGAAGACAUCAAGAUUCAGUUCAGCAGGUCAGGCAGUGGCAGUGGUGGGUUUCUUGAAGGACUAUUUGGAUGCUUAAGGCCUGUAUGGAAUAUCAUUGGGAAGGCAUAUUCCACUGAUUACAAAUUGCAGCAGCAAGAUACUUGGGAAGUGCCAUUUGAGGAGAUCUCAGAGCUACAGUGGCUGGGUAGUGGAGCCCAAGGAGCUGUCUUCUUGGGCAAGUUCCGAGCGGAAGAGGUGGCCAUCAAGAAAGUGAGAGAACAGAAUGAGACGGAUAUCAAGCAUUUGAGGAAGUUGAAGCACCCUAACAUCAUCGCAUUCAAGGGUGUUUGUACUCAGGCCCCAUGUUAUUGUAUUAUCAUGGAAUACUGUGCCCAUGGACAACUCUACGAGGUCUUGCGAGCUGGCAGGAAGAUCACGCCUCGAUUGCUAGUAGAUUGGUCCACAGGAAUUGCAAGUGGAAUGAAUUAUUUGCACCUCCAUAAAAUUAUUCAUCGUGAUCUGAAAUCACCUAAUGUUUUAGUGACCCACACAGAUGCAGUAAAAAUUUCUGAUUUUGGUACGUCUAAGGAACUCAGUGACAAAAGUACCAAGAUGUCAUUUGCCGGCACAGUCGCAUGGAUGGCGCCAGAGGUGAUACGGAACGAACCCGUAUCUGAGAAAGUUGAUAUAUGGUCUUUUGGAGUGGUGCUUUGGGAGCUGCUGACAGGAGAGAUCCCUUACAAAGAUGUAGAUUCUUCAGCCAUUAUCUGGGGUGUUGGAAGCAACAGCCUCCACCUUCCAGUUCCUUCGACUUGCCCUGAUGGAUUCAAAAUCCUUAUGAAACAGACGUGGCAGAGUAAACCUCGAAACCGACCUUCUUUUCGGCAGACACUCAUGCAUUUAGACAUUGCCUCUGCAGAUGUACUUGCCACCCCACAAGAAACUUACUUCAAGUCUCAGGCUGAAUGGAGAGAAGAAGUGAAGAAACAUUUUGAGAAGAUCAAAAGUGAAGGAACUUGUAUACACCGGUUAGAUGAAGAGCUGAUUCGAAGGCGCAGAGAAGAGCUCAGGCAUGCAUUGGAUAUUCGUGAACACUAUGAGCGGAAGCUUGAGCGGGCGAAUAAUUUAUACAUGGAAUUGAGUGCCAUCAUGCUGCAGCUAGAAAUGCGGGAGAAGGAGCUCAUUAAGCGUGAGCAAGCAGUGGAAAAGAAGUAUCCUGGCACCUACAAACGACACCCCGUUCGUCCAAUCAUCCACUCCAAUGCCAUGGAGAAACUCAUGAAAAGGAAAGGAGUGCCUCACAAAUCUGGGAUGCAGACCAAACGGCCAGAUUUGUUGAGAUCGGAAGGGAUCCCCAGCACAGAAGUGGUUUCCACUGCAUCCCCUUUGUCCGUAAGUCCCAAAAUGUCCACCUCUAGCAGCAAGAGCCGGUAUCGAAGCAAACCACGCCACCGCCGAGGGAAUAGCAGAGGCAGCCAUAGUGACUUUGCGGCGAUCUUGAAAAACCAGCCAGCCCAGGAAAAUUCACCCCAUCCUGCUUACCUACACCAAGCUCAAUCCCAAUACCCUUCUCUCCAUCACCAUAAUUCUCUGCAGCAGCAAUACCAGCAGCCCCCUCCUGCCAUGUCCCAGAGUCACCAUCCCAGACUCAAUAUGCACGGACAGGACAUUGCAACCUGCGCCAACAACCUGAGGUAUUUUGGCCCAGCAGCAGCCCUGCGGAGCCCACUCAGCAACCAUGCUCAGAGACAGCUGCCCGGCUCGAGCCCUGACCUCAUCUCCACAGCCAUGGCUGCAGAUUGCUGGAGAAGUUCUGAGCCUGACAAGGGCCAAGCUGGUCCCUGGGGCUGUUGCCAGGCUGACCCUUAUGACCCCUGCCUUCAGUGCAGGCCAGAACAGUAUGGGUCCUUAGACAUACCCUCUGCUGAGCCAGUGGGGAGGAGCCCUGACAUUUCCAAGUCACCAGCACACAAUCCUCUCUUGGAAAACGCCCAGAGUUCUGAGAAAAUGGAAGAAAAUGAAUUCAGCGGCUGUAGGUCUGAGUCAUCCCUCGGCACCUCUCAUCUCGUCACCCCUCCAGCGCUACCUCGAAAAACAAGGCCUCUGCAGAAGAGUGGAGAUGACUCCUCAGAAGAGGAAGAAGGGGAAGUAGAUAGUGAAGUUGAAUUUCCACGAAGACAAAGGCCCCAUCGCUGCAUCAGCAGCUGCCAGUCAUAUUCAACCUUUAGCUCUGAGAAUUUCUCUGUGUCUGAUGGAGAGGAGGGAAAUACCAGUGACCACUCAAACAGCCCUGAUGAAUUCGCUGAUAAACUUGAAGACCGCUUGGCGGAGAAGCUAGACGACCUGCUGUCCCAGACGCCAGAGAUUCCCAUUGACAUAUCCUCACACUCAGAUGGGCUCUCUGACAAGGAGUGUGCCGUGCGCCGUGUGAAGACUCAGAUGUCUCUGGGCAAGCUGUGCGUGGAGGAACGUGGCUAUGAGAACCCUAUGCAGUUUGAAGAAUCGGACUGUGACUCUUCAGAUGGGGAGUGUUCUGAUGCCACAGUUAGGACCAAUAAACACUACAGCUCUGCUACCUGGUAAUGAAGGAAUACAUGUCCUGAAGAUCUCGUAACUAUACUGGCAUUUCAGAUCCACCCCACCCCCAGACUUCUCCCACUCUCCCCCAGCAUUUUGUCUGGGAAGACAGACUACCCCAUCUUUACACCCCCUAGAAAUGAGCUGCAAUAACAGGAACAUGAAACUUCGCAAAUCUCUGGAAAAUAAUAUCCAAAUGAAAUUAAGUCUCACUGAACAUUUCAAUCAAGAAUGGCAGGGAUCUAUUUUAUUGAAUAUUCUAGCUACUGUAACAUUGAUAUUUAUUUUUGUUUGACAUUUUAACACUUUGUACUGUAAAGAGUGAACUAUAUAUGAGAUAGAGAUACAAUAAUUUCUUGCAAAAAAAAAAAGAGAGAUAAAGAAAAAGAAAAGAACAGAAAAAAAGAAAUAAGUGGAAUUUAGGAGCAACAUCCUUGGGAAUUUGUGGGGCCGGGAGGUAUUAUUGCUGCUUGAACAGGGGACCAGGUCUUUUGGCCAUAAGUGACUAAAGAAAAGCCAGAGCAAGACAUUUAACAUUUCAGAACACAAAGAACAGCAAAAGAAAAGCCAUUCCAGGCAACUUGUGAACAGAUCAUAUUCACUUCAACCAGCUUGUCCAGGUGGGUUACGGAAAUGACCUAGAAAAGUCUGGUGACCAGAUACUCGCACCCAACGUCUUCAAGGGCAUGUGCUUCCUCUAAGAGGGAAAAACAAACAAACCUGUAUAUGUGGAAGCUGAUUUCAUUUUUAAAUGUUUAAGCAGCAGUUGGUAGUGAGGUUUACAGAUAGUGUCAAAUCUUGUUUUUGGCAAAUACGUCCCUUUUUAGUGCUGUCACUGUCAUGACCUUGACAAAUGUGCUACCUUGACCCAAUGUGUUGAUCUUUCAUACUCAAGUGCCAUUUCCUUGUAGCUCAUUUCCUUUCUGUCUGCUGACCACUUACUGUAGGAACAAAGGUUGGGGGGGCAGUACUGAGGAGGAGAAAAGGGUAAGAGAGGAAGAACAUCUACAACAGUGUUAGGAAAGCGAACGUGGAAUUUAUAAAACUCCAUUCUCAGGAUCACUCAGUUCAGCUACGUGGAGAAGAUGGAAUCACCCCUCUCUGGAACCAGGUUGCUUGUCUACUUGAGUCAUAUUGAUUCAAGCAGGAGAGCAGACUUUAAAGGCAGCUAGGAUGUAUGUGUCUAUACAAUGUCUGAGCUCAAACCAUCCCUUUGUUUUUAUUUACUAGCUCAUUCUAUGUUGGAAGUUCUUUUUUUGUUUUGUUUUGUUUUUUGUCGUUUUGUUUUGUUUUGUUUUGUGACAGAGUUUCACUGUUUUUGCCCAGGCUAGAGUGCAAUGGCACAACCUUGGUUCACUACAACCUCUGCCUCCCGGGUUCAAGCGAUUCUCCUGCCUCAGCCUCCCAAGUAGCUGGGAUUACAGGCGCCCGCCACCACGCCCAGCUAAUUUUGUAUUUUUAGUAGAGACGGGGUUUCACCAUGUUGGCCAGGCCGGUCUCAAACUCCUGACCUCAGGUGAUCCGCCUGCCUCGGCCUCCCAAAGUGCUGGGAUUACAAGCAUGAGCCACUGUGCCCAGCCUAUCUUAGAAGUCUUAAUGACUGGUUACCAUUGUCAAAAAAAAAAGGCAAAAACAAGCAACCUCCAAAAGGCAACUCCUCUCCCAGCACCAUAGCAUUUUUGUUCAAUGCUAGUUGUAAAAUAUCUUUUACUUCACUCCAAAUCAAUGCAGUUUUAAGGAACUGGAUUUGAACAUUUGUGGAAAGAACAAGUGAUGCUGAGCAGAGAUAGGAAAGAUUUUUACAUUUGCCAAAAGCAUGAGGUCCUGCCUGCCUCCAGGGUCAUGGGCUCUGAAAAGCAUUCCAAGGUACUUCAUGGUGCCUUGGCAUUAUGGAAAAUUUUAUUUAGAAGUUUAUGUACAAAUAGAUGUUGACCUAGUACCUGUCCCUGUCUCCAAGAUAGAUUACUGUCAAACAACCUCUCUAGAUUCGCUGGACUCUUUGACAUUGCAUCAUGUUGGACAUUAGGAAAUACUUGCACAGACAGCUGUUAAACCAUUUCCAAUGCACAUGAAAAUACUGUCACUCCUCUGGGUUUCACUGAUUGUAUCAGCCAAAAAGGAAAGGCAGGAGGGAAUUUAGAAUUCCUUUUGCUUGUUUGAUCCAUUUGUUUACACUUUAUGUUGAUACAUUGAUUUAAAAUGUAGUGUCUGUGAUUUAUAGCUCUUAGGUAGGAUGAAGGAAAAUGUUUAAUUUAUACAAAGAACAGUAUUGUUUGCAUUAAAUUAUUCCAUUUUGUAAAAAUUCUGUAGCUGGACUACAUGAAAGAUCUUAAGUUAUGGCAUUAUUAUCAUUGUUAUUUUAUUUUAUAAUAUUAUUCUCAUUUUCUGUCGAUCAGAAGGUGUGAUUUAUGAUGUAGCACAAUGAUUGUGUUUAUUGCUAACCAGGAAUUAUUAUGGAUUUUAUGAUUUUAAUGAAGGAAUGAAAAUGGAACUGCUAUUUGGGAGCUCCCUGGUAUUGAUCUUAGCUGUGUUCCCUAAUUUUCUGUGUACAACAAUCAUCUGAGGAUGCAUGUUCUGCCCUGAAGCCCAAUGGAUACAUGUGAUUUUGACCUGAUCAUGAAAGCUCCUGGGUGGGCCGAUAACCCCCAGGAUGUCAAAUAGUGGAUGGACAUAUAGUUCAAAAGCUGUAAACUUUCUAAAGUUUCUUAGGAAAUAAAAUCAUGGGACU